AUGGGACACACGGCAACGGCGACGGCGCCGAAAUCUGAUCCCAAGGACCCCAAGGGACCAAACGUUGUGCGGGCUGCAGCGUACAAGGUACCUUACCUUGUCUCGGGGUGGGAAGAGGCACGCAGUAGGCGCAUGAGGGGAAAGUCUACACCGGUACGAAGCCAGGCCCAAUCCAGACAGAAGAGGGCCAGAAAGGGCCUGCCAUCUGACAAGACUCGCGCGUUUCCCCGUUCCCGCCUGUUCAAGGCUUCAAGCCAGAGUGAGAAUAGCUCCCCCGACCACGAGACACCACCCAACUGCACCAGGGCAGGCCGCGCCGCCGCAGAACCGAAGAUGAGGGACCGACUACCUUAG